AUGGCCUCUGCGAAAAGGGGUGCCUCAGUUUUGGUGACCGACUCCCGAGAGCGACCUUCUGCCCGGGGAGGACCCCAACGAGCCACCCCCAACCCCGCUCGACCGAGCAGCCGUCUCGUAUCCGUCGACAAUGUGCUGCAAUAUUCGUCCGAUAUACCCUCGGGCCAGCCGAGGGUGCCCCCAGCCCAGCGCCCAACACGCGCCAUGGCCGUGCGACGAAUCAGCCAGGGCGGCUUGCCCACGCUCGCCUCCGCCCGCACCGGCCAGCAAAUCGUUCCCUCGAGAACAACCAAAGUCAGCGAGAAACUCGUGCUGAUACCCGAGGCCCCCGAGGCUGGGGACGAGGAGGCGGGGAGCGACGACGAGUUGGUGCGGCGCGCGUCACUACUUCGUCGUGAGGACGAGAACCGCCCGCUCAAGGACGAGGAACUGGAUGUACUUAGAAAGCGAGGAGGCAUUCGCGGGAAAAGCUAUGCGGAGCGAUUGCCCAAGUUACAACGCGGGGAGAAGGUAUCCCGGUUGACAGCCUACUGCACCGCCCAGUCGUACAAGAUGAAGGCGACGGGUGACUUUUUGCGGAAGACACACGAGGCGAAAACAAAGCUGUACGACGAUUGCCUCUACGCGGUAUACCACCUCCCGCUUCUCCCGGGUACCGAGGGCUAUCGGUUAAGGAGCCGCCCUGUUCUGAAGACACCAGGGACAGGAAAGACCGUCCUCGACCUCGAGAUUGAGCGCAGCGAACGCAGGGACGAGCACGAAGGUUAUUGGGACGAGUAUGCCUACAGCGUACAGGGCGUUGAUAGCAGCCCGGGUGCAGCACCUCUCCUACAGCCAGUGGCGAGCGCCCCAGACACUUUUGGCACCACCGACAACGACCACGAUUCCGAGCAUGUGACCAUCUCCCCCAUCAACCGGCUGGUCCCAGACGCAAAGAACUUUGGCGAGAUGUUUGUCUACUCAUACGGCGUCGUGGUGUUUUGGAAUUUCACCGAGCGCCAGGAGAAGGAUAUUCUCGCCGACCUCACCUUCGCCGAGAACGAGUCGGGCUUCACACUGGCUACGAGCACGCUCGACGAGGAUGAUUUUGAGACGGAGGAAUUCCACUUUGAAUACAGCGCCGACGUCAAGCGCCCCCGCGUCUUCAACGACAUGAUCACCCUCCUCCCCCGGUCAGACCACAUGGUCAAGCUCACCAUCAGCCACGCCAUUGCGCAGAGCACCAAACUCUGCUUCUUCGAGGAGCGCAUGUCCGAGACGAUGCUCGACGCCCAGCACGUCCCCAAACGCCUCGCCCUCACGGGAGAGCUCAACAUGACGCGCACAGAAAUCGUCAAGAUCCUCGGCCGCCUCUUCAAAAGCCGCGUAGACAUCAACCUCUCCUCCAACGUCCUCGACGUCCCCAACUUCUUCUGGGACGCCGAGCCCACCCUGCACCCGCUCUACGUCGCCAUCCGCGAGUACCUCGAGAUCGACCCGCGCAUCCGCGUGCUCAACGAGCGCUGCCGCGUCUUCCUCGACCUGGCCGACAUCCUGGCCGACAGCGUCGCCGACUCCAAGAUGAGCAACAUCACGUGGAUUAUUAUUAUUUUGAUUGUGGUGAGUAUUAUUGUCACGGUGACGGAGGUCGGGUUGCGGUUUGGGAUGUUGUCGCGGGAGAAGGGGAAGGGGGCGGGGGAGGGGGAGGGGGAGGGGGCUGUUGUUGGGGUUAGUGGUGGUGGUGGUGGUGGUGGUGGCAGUGGGGAUCUUGAUCUGAGGUGGUUGCGGGAGAAGAACGUGUCGGUGGAGGAGCUGAGGGUGUGGGCGCGCGCGCUGAGCGAGCGGGAGAGGGCGGCGGUGUGUGGGGCCGAGAUCGUCGGCACGACGUUUGCGGGUGUGUGA